UCACCAAGAGCCAACAUGAUGAGCCUCGUCGCGACUCCCGACGCGACAAUGGCCGGAGAUCGAGUUGCCCACAUCACUGAGGCUCAGAAACAAGCUCUGAUGGACAAUCUGCAGCUCGAGAACCGUGCCCGCAAACUACGCGCCCAGUAUGCUCUCCAAGCCCAGGGCCUUCGCACUCGUCUGGAGAUGCGCAUCAACCGCAUCCCUCGCAAUCUUCGCAAAGCAAAUAUGGGUGACUUGCUGGAAAAGCACCUCGAAGCCCAGAAGAAGACUCAGCAACGUCUGCCUAGCCCGAACAAGGCAAAAAGCUUGAAGCGCAAGAGGUUUGUUCAAUUGUUCGGAUUGCACUUCUCAUGUGCUAACUGUAAAACANGCGAAGAAGCUACUAUGGCUGACAAGGAAAAUACCAAACCUGCCUCGGCAGCUCUCGCGAACCCAAAGAAGCGCAGCAAACCUAGCCCUGGCCCUACCGGCAUUCCUACCUCGCCCAACCUGGCCCGUUCUAAUAGACCUCAGCCUCUCAACCCUACCGUUCUCUCUCCCAAGUCUCCAAACUCGCGUACACUUCCACGAUCUCCUCUGAAGUCUCCUACAACAAAGUCUCCACCACCGCUUCCCAGACCUCGCGGCGCAGCAGCUCUUCAAGCAGCCCAACCGACUCUGAAGAAGGGCACGCUUAAGAGACCUGCCACUGCACCCACGACCACCACCCUAGACUCAGUAGCAUCUGCCGCUCAACCGAACACUUCUACGCGUCGUGCCCUUCGCGCAAGCAAUGCCUCAGCAGAAAGCACCAGCAGCGAAAAGACCACAAUUGUCAGUAAAUCACCUGCCAAACCCAAUCCUCCUAGUCGCCCGCACACUGCAAUGGCCCUAGCAUCGCCUAAGAAGUUGCCCGUUCCCACCUCGCCUGUCAAAUAUAAUUCGAUCAGGGAAAAGCCAUUGCCAGUCCCCGCUGCAGCACCAACUCCUGUCGCAGGUACACUUAAGAAAGGAACCUUCAAGAGCGCAAUGGCUUCGCUUACAGGAAGCAAGAGAGGGAAGAAGACAACCGCUGCUGCUGCUUUCGGCACUAACGGGACACCACCACCCGCUGGCAGAGUGUUGAGGAAGCGUGCACCUUGA